AGAGAGGGUAGGUGGGAGGGGCUCGUCUCCUGCUGCACCCGGGAUAGGAGGCGGCGGCGGCGGAGGAGCGCGUCACGAGUCGUGCCCGCAACCUGUGGAACUCACCGCCACGUGAUGUGGUGACACUUCUGAUCCCCCUCAACCCCCCGGUUUUCAUGGCUUUAAACGAGAAAUCGAGUGCAUGGAGAAGGAAAAGGUUUUGAAGGCAGAGAGAAAAACACCCUUUCUUCACAUUGGAGCACUUUUGAAAAAGCUUGCCUCCAUGGAAGAGGUGCAAGAUUUAGCAGAACAGCCAAUAAAAAAGGCCAAGAUGCAGGAAUCAGGAGAACAACUAUUAAGGCAAGUGAGCAGCUCAGACAGUAGUGAUCAAAAGCCUGAAUCUUCAAGUCUUUCUUCAAACCUGUCUAUAUCUAAUCAAAUCAUGCCAUGUACGGACUACAUCUCAAGGUCAUCAAACGACUAUACCUCACAGAUGUAUUCUGCAAAGCCAUAUGCACACGUCCUUUCUGUACCUGUUUCUGAGACGAUGGCCUCUUAUUCUGGGCAGACUCCAUAUCAAACCCUCCCACAGUCCCAGACAUACGCUGUUUAUCCCCAGACCACCCAAGCCUACGGACUACCUCCUUUUGGUGCACUGUGGCCAGGUAUGAAACCUGAGAGUGGUUUAAUUCAGACUCCAUCUCCAAGUCAGCACAGUGUUCUUACCUGCACUACAGGGUUAACCACAAGCCAAUCCAGCCCAGCACAUUAUUCUUACCCUAUUCAAGCUUCAAAUACCAAUGCCAACUCAAUUUCCACUUCCUCACCUGCUGUCAAUAUUUCAGCAGCCACCGCCAGCAUCUCUCAACAGGAGUAUCCUACAUAUACCAUCCUUGGCCAAAGUCAGUACCAGCCGUAUUAUCCCAGUUCAAGUUUUGGCGUGAUAGCACCAGCAGACAGCAGCACAGAGACCAACACGUUGACAUCUGCCACCUAUCCUUCUGAAAAAUCAAAUGCCAUGGUGCCUACCCAGACGGUGCAGAGACAGUCCUCUGGUGAUCCCUCUACCAGUCCAUCAUUGCCAAGAGCGACUGCAAGUAAACUUGUAGAUGAGCAAUCUAGGAGAAACAUGACUCCAAAAAACAGAGGCAAGAGGAAAGCAGACGCUUCUUCACCGCAGGACAAUGAGCUUGAACGAGUAUUUCUGUGGGACUUGGAUGAGACCAUCAUAAUAUUUCAUUCUCUUCUGACAGGCUCAUAUGCCCAAAAAUAUGGGAAGGAUCCCAGUUUAGUUGUUGGCUUUGGAUUAACAAUGGAAGAAAUGAUUUUUGAAGUGGCUGACACACACUUGUUUUUCAAUGACUUGGAGGAAUGUGACCAAGUACAUGUAGAAGAUGUUGCAUCAGAUGACAAUGGCCAGGAUUUAAGCAACUACAAUUUUUCCACCGAUGGUUUCAGUGGUUCGGGAAGUAAUGCCAAUCAUGGUUCAACAGGAGUCCAGAGAGGAGUGGAUUGGAUGAGGAAGCUGGCGUUUCGCUACCGGAAAGUACGCGAGGUCUAUGAUAAAUACAAAAACAAUGUUGUUGCUCUCCUCAGUCCGGAGAAAAAAGAAGCACUACAACGAUUAAGGGAAGAUAUAGAAGUGUUAACAGAUUCUUGGUUGGGAACAGCAUUAAAAUCCCUCCUGCUCAUUCAGUCCAGAAGAAAUUGUGUGAAUGUCCUGAUAACAACCACUCAGCUAGUGCCAGCUCUGGCCAAAGUCCUGCUGUAUGGACUUGGCGAAGUAUUCCCCAUUGAGAAUAUUUAUAGUGCUACAAAAAUAGGUAAAGAGAGCUGUUUUGAACGAAUUAUUUCCCGAUUUGGAAAGAAGGUGACCUAUGUGGUGAUUGGAGACGGACGUGAUGAAGAAUUGGCAGCCAAGCAGCACAACAUGCCCUUCUGGCGAAUCACAAAUCACGCGGAUCUGGUGUCCCUUCACCAGGCCCUCGAACUAGACUUUCUGUGAGGACCUGGGCACAAAGCAUCUCGGCCCUGCUCCCAACAGUCACCUCGUGGCUUAAACAGGAACCAGUCUGGGGACUUUCUCUUUCAUCCAGACCAAGAAACGCAGCCAGUGGAAGUGUACAGCAGGAGGUUCUCCCACCCCCCCCCUGCCCCCCAUCUCUGCUUUCCUGGGAGAACCGACAAAGCCUUGGCAAUGCUGCUCCGGUGCUCAAAUGGUUCUCUGUGGUUUUGAGGGGUUUUUUUUUUUUGGCAAAGGGAACUUUGGGGAACUUCCAGGUGCAGAAUCUCCAGCAGCAAAGGCCUUUCUCCCCACGUAGCCCUCGGAGGUAUUGUACUAAAGAAGAGAAAAGCAGUCCCGUUUUGUAGAAUACUUUUGCCCCCUGCAGACGACUUUCAAGCUGUUAAAUCAGAAAGGAAGGCAAAUGGAUUGUUUUUAUUUUAGUUUUAUUUUUUACAGAAAGGGGGUCCAGGCAUGGUCUCCCUUCUUGCAAACUCAGAAAUAGUACUGUUUAUAUGUUGGGGGUGGGGGUGGGGAGAUAACAAUUUGUGUUGGAUGAAGGGGACCUUUGUACUCUUUCCUGGUAAGCCAGGGACCGAAAAUAUCCAACCAUUCCCUUGAGGCACCCUGGCUGUCCCCCAAUUCUUUUUCUAGCAAAUACACCCACUUGGCUAGCACAGGGUAGUCUUUUUUAAGUGAGGACAAGAUGCUAGAAUCUAAUUGUCCCCCGCCGCCCCCCCCCUCUUUUCAGCAAGUGCAUCCCUGGGUAAUAAGAAAGCUCCUUUUCUUGGAUCCAAGAUGGCACCCUGCCAGUCCACGAUAAGAGUCCCCUUCGGUUGCAAUUCCCCACGCGCCAAGGAUAGUGUCCCUUUUUGUUCUGAUGACUUGCACUGCAAGUCCUUUUUCUGAAGCAAGGAUUUGGGUAGAACAAGGGUCUUCAUACUUGAUAGCUUCAAGACUUGUGGACUUCAACUCCCAAAAUUCCUCCUCUAGCCAUGUUAGCUCAGG